AUGAAGAGAGUGGAGAGACACUUGGUCAAAGGACCGCUGUACAAACAUUUUGAUUUGGAGAGGAAGACUGCCAAGCAGGCUGAAGCCAUCCUGGGCCAGAGACUGCAAAGACUCGAGGAGAUCUGCUUGUACCACGUGAAGCUGCUGACCAGGGAGCAGCGACAGCUCCAGAGAGAACUACAGAGGUUGCAGCAAGAUAUUAUCAAGAAAAAGCUCUCCUCUUAUUUUGGAAAUGGAAUUCAGAAGAGACCAGAUGCCCUCAAGCUCGCCUCCCAGGCAGGACAGAAGUCCAGCAUCCCACGGGCUGCUCAGACCAGAACCUUGGCAACCCACCCAACUCCAGAAACACACGCCGCCGAGUCCCAGAGGUCUCCUUCGCAUCGCACUGGUCCUAAAGACUCCACAAAGACCAGAGAGCGCCGAUCUCAAAAUGACAGAGCUGACUCCCUCGGGGAAGAGACACCACAAGCCCCAGGGGAGGCGUGCAUGCACCCACCCGAGGGUGGGGACCCCAGUGUGGGCACCUCUGCCCUGUGUCACGUCCAAGGUGUUUCCACCCACACCACAGAAGUGGACUCUGGUUCUAGCCCCGCUGGUGACAGCAGAAUGGCAUGUGUUAAUGAGACAGGAUCGGAGGGGGCCAAUCUAAAGCCAGGCAGGAAUGCUGGGAAGCAAAUCCCCCCAGACCCCGUGAAACACGCCGACGGCUUCAAAGGCGAGUCCACAAAGCUGACUUUCUUAGAGUUGCUCACAAAGGUCAAAAACGCUCGGUACCUCCGGCACAGGGUGCCCCCGGAGUCUGAGAGGUUGCUUAGCGUUGCAGAGAUAUUUGGACACGAGGAGUCCUCCCCACGCAGGGCACCGUCUAAAUCCCUUCUCUAACCAUAAGAUAAGGGCUGACAGUGACACAUGGCAUAAGCACCGUGGACAUGGCUGCAGUAAGCAAUACAGAGAAGCAGGGACAGGCAGCCAUCGAGGACAAUUUCGCUUUAAGCCCUCAGGGGGCUUCAUUUUUCUUCCUUUACAGGAAGAUGUUUAUCAAAAUAAAUAAAAUCCAGUAUGUGAAAACGAAAAGGAAUCUUGUGAAAACAUUUCCAAUAAAUCACGUGUAUUUCUGCCGUCGUAAAUGUACGUGUAAACACUGAUGACUGCUUUUAUGAAGAAGUAAAAUCCUUGACUGUAUCUUUUAGAAGAAUCUUGUAGUGCCACCUGCUGGCCAAAUGACAUAGAUGUUCUCUGUGUUUCAUGUUUGUA